UAGUUUACCCACGCUGAGGUAUCGGGUUUCUGGCUCAGAGACAGGUGUCUGUGUUCGCAGAAACGCACUUUUGAGCUCCUAGACAGCGCGCACGUUAUAUUUAGCGCUAGAUAUCGAGGUUUUAGCGACGCUGUGAUGUGUCGUGCGGGUUGAGUUGUGCUGAGGGGACUCGUUUGGUCAAACCGCGGGCUGCUUCGCGGAAGCGUCUGGUCACGUGACCGGCUCUCGGAGAUGCUCGCCUAGUCACGCAGGGAUAAUUUAGCGUUUUAUUUGGACAAGUUGUGUUCAUUUUUAAGCAGGGGACUGCUUGGAUGAGCGCGAAUUAGUAUUUGUUCAAUGCACGACUGGAUCGCACGCAUCUGUGACACUGCGUACUUGCUAGAAUUGAGCAACUAAAGUAGUUUCUUUCCUCUUUGCAUGCCUGCACCCGGAUACCCAUGUCGCUUGAUCCCCCGCACUGUAAAAAGGGAUGGAUGUAUAUGCUGGAUGAAGAUGAAGAGGUACAGUGGAGGAAGCACUGGUUUGUGAUCUCUAACUCAGGACUGAGAUAUUAUAGAGACUCUGGGGCUGAAGAGAGAGAUGAGGUGGAUGGAGAGAUUUAUCUACGUCACUGUCUGCGAGUGGAGGAAUUUGAUGCCGAUAAAAACUACGGACUUCAGCUGCAUAUGCGUGAUGGAGUGGUGAGCCUGUCGGCGAUGACCUCCAGAAUCAGGAGGAACUGGAUCGACACGCUAAAGAGGAAAAUAUCGGCUGAAAGCAUUCGACGCCCGGGCAACGGUGACAGAGAGAACUCCAGUUCCCAGAAUGCACCGUCUCCUACACCCCAUGACCCGGGCUCAGACGAAGCACACAUGACGUCCUCACCGUUAACUGUGCGGCGGGAGGCCGGCGAGGGGCGCGACCGAGAGCUUGAGAGACGUCUGGAGGGCCGAACCAAGUGGUUCCAGGAGGGGGCUUCCGACAGGGAGGGCGAAGACCCCUGGGAUAAGGUGGAGUUGAAGAAGGGUGUCGGGACUCCGGUGAUUUUGACCCGGCCGCAGGUCCCUGCCGCCCAGACCGGGCCAGACAUCGAGAGGAAGUGGGCGGACUUUGAGCAGCUUCCGAUCGGAGAGAAAAGGUCACCCGCGGGCGUCCAGAACCCCCAAACAACAAAUGAGGUGCUUCAGCGAGAGGUGGUGUCUCUGAGGCAGCAGGUCGAGGCUCUCCGUCAGGUCCGUGCGGGGGCCGGUGUUUGUGGUCCUGACGCCCCCUGCGCUGUGAAGCUGGAGCAGAUGGAGAAAGAUCACAGAGAGAGACUGCAGAAGAUACACGGCGAGCACGAGAGGGAGCGCAGAGAGAUGGAGAGAGACAAACAGAGACUGCUGCAGGAGGAGGCCAAGAACGCGGUCCAAGCUAUGGAGGCUCUGAGGAAGGCGCACCGGGAGGAGAUCGAGAAGCUGAAGGCUCACGGAGGAGGAGAGACCACAGACCCCUCCAUCAGACAGCAGCUGCGCGAGUCGCUCUCUCUGCAGCAGGAGCUGGACGGUCUGUCGGAGCGCUACUCCCAGCAGUGCGUGGAGCUCAACCGCAUCCAGAACAGCACCGAAGAGCGAAACGGAGAGAUCCGGCAGAAGGAGAGGGAGAUGGAGCAGCUCCGGCAGGAGAACCAGGAACUGCAGGCGCGUCUGACGGAGGAGAUAAGUCUCAUGCGAUCCUUCAUCACAGGUCAGAGGUCAGGAGUUGUUCCCCUUGGCAGCUACGAAAGGAGCACCUCCGAACUAGAGAUGUUACUGAAGGUGAAGGAGAGCGAGGUGGAGUUUCUUCACAAGGAGAUCAGCUGUCUCAGGAAGGAGGUCCAAACUCUUACUAAGGAGAACGAAGCUUUGAGCGAGCGUUUUAAGCAGGUGUAUGUUGAGCUGACUGAACUACGGGGCCGCAGCGAGAGAGACAUCAAUGCACUUAAAGAACACCUCAAACUCACUAACGCCGCACUGGAGGAGGGGCAUCUCCUAGGCAACAGCACCAGCCAAUGAGAGCGCAGCGAGGAGUCAAACGAGAUGGAUGGGAAGCACUCAUGUGUAUACAGGAUAACGUGUUUUGUGAAGCUCUUUUUGUUUGGUUGGAAACUACAGUGGUGCUGAAAGAGAAUAUAUACAUUCCAGGAUCUUAAAUCAAGAUAUAUUUUAAGUUAAGCACGAUAGUAAUAAAAACCCUUACAUCUGUUGGACUUGUGUGAAAGUGCGUCAAUGUAAUAUCUUUGUCAACUAAACCACGUAUGAUAAAAACACAUACAUAACAAAAACACAAGCAGCGACCAACGUCCAA